UAGUCGGUGGGGAUCCCGUAUCACUAAGCAGCCAAAUUGUAUUACUCACUCAGUCUCACUGCCCCAACACGAAUCAAAAGAGCCCCUUCAGCCAAUGGCUUUCAGCUGUUCUAAAAUCCGAGCGGCUGAUGAGCUAGGCUGGAAGCAACACUGAGCCUUCACUAAAGCUCGCAGUCUAGCGAAUCACACGCUUGUGCGGUCGGCUGGUGAUGCUCUUCACCAACCAGCCUCAUCUAGAGACUGACCGCCCAGCGAUCUGCGAAGAGUUUGCGCAGUCCUGAAUAACCAACCUUCUCGAGUCAUCGCUCCACCUAGUUUUGGGCGUACCAUGAGUAAUCUGGUAGUGCAUGACGCUUCGACUCGAUACUAAUCGUCGUGGAUUUAAUUUUAAUUGCCGAUAUGUAUGACAUUAUGCCCGAUUUUGGUUGCCCAAAGAGACGCAGAAAGAUCUAGCACUCCAUCAUUAUUGUCGCUCGCCAGCAAGAGAUGGAACCGACUCCGUUUCCACCCAUGUAUGAAUUCAGUUCGAAUUCUUCGAGCCGUGGCACUCCCAUUAACGAUAUAUUUUUGUACACAAACAAUGCGUUACCCUUCAACCUCUCGCCAUUCGAAAUUGAGCCCUUAAGUCAACAUCCUUUUCCGCUGGAAGGCAUGCUUAAGCAAACAUCAAACAUCGAACCCCCGACUGAGUUGAAAGGCAAUUCUCAAGCUACUGAACUAGUUGGAAAGUUUAAAAAUAGACGCCGCGCGCAAAACCGAGCAUCUCAGCGUGCAUUUCGAGAACGCAAGGAAAAAUAUAUCAAAAGCCUGGAAUCGCAAUUAAGCGGCCUUCAGGAAGAGCAUACGAAACUGCUGGACUCGCAUCAGCAGCAAACACAGGUUCUUGAUCAGAUGAAGGGCCGGGUAGAGGAGCUCACAGCCGAGAUUGAGAAUCUUCGAUUGUCUGUGCCUAUAAAGGGUUCUAAUUGCUUUGCUGUAUUUGAUCUGGUGCCUUUCGUGGAGAUGUACUCAGGAGAAGUUGGGCGAGGGAAUGACACGAACCGGCCUGUAUCCACGGGGGCAGGACCUGGCUAAUGACUUUAUGUGACUCACCGCCUAGUAUAUCGCUUUGAUGUCCACUAUUUAUGAUUAAAUGUUGAUAUCUGUAUAGAUGACCGACUUGGAUAAAUGUAUUUGAUGCAUCGUGACACCUUUUAACGAGAUGUUCAAGAUGAAUUAUUCCUGUAACGCAUCAUCUCAAUCAACUUGAAAG